AUGACACCGGAAGUGGAUCAAUUGCUCUGGAACGUAUCUUUGUUUACGAAGUAAUCAUAUAGCGGGAAAUAACAAUCCAUCUCAAUCAUGGCAGAUGAAAAGGUAUCACUGUAUAUUUUAAUUUUCAAAAUAUUGAAAUUGACCUAUUGUAUUGCUUGCAAUCUCGAUUUUAACUGAAAUGAGUAGUUACUGUGCGUUACAGAUAAUUAAAUAUACCCUGCCCUUAGCGGUUACCAAAUUUGGUUAUUAUUUUUACUUUCAAUUGCCUGAUUUUUUUUUUUUUUAAUUUGUUAUUUUACAGACUGAACAUUCGGAACAUGAAGAACAUGAACCAGAAUCUCCAGAAAUCCAUUUUGAGCCUAUUGUUAAGCUCUCCCUUGUAGAAAUCAAGACAAUGGAAGAAGAUGAGGAUGUCUUAUUGAGCUUGUAAGGAUUCAUUUUGAAAUAUAGAGGGUUACACAUGCACAUAUAUUUAACAUAUUUUUUAACCAUCCUUUGCCCCUUUCUAAAAGACUAGUAAAGGCCCUGGGCUUUGGUUAGUGGCAAGUGAGUAGCCUACUCAUCUAAGAGUCACACACUAGCUAAGCAACGAUCUUAAGACCAAUGUUCCCUCUAAGUCUAAGGUUUGUUGGUUCGUGUGGAAAAUCAUAAAGUUGUGUGCAAAUAUUUUUAGCAUCAAUUUUUUUGUGCCCAAAAUUUUCAGCCUAAAGACACUUAAGUGGAAAUUAGCAGUGCAGUACUCAAAACUGCUGCACGGCCGCGCAGCUUAAAGGGAACAUUGCUUUUAAGACUAUACAAAGAUAAAUGUGUAUUCCUCUUUAAACUUACAUUCAUAUUGUCUGCUAACUACUUAUGAAAUGUUUAGACUUAAUAUUGAGUAUAAGUAUAGUAUAGACAGGCCUUUUUAGUUUAUUACCGUACUAAUUAUAGUUAAUUCUGACAUAGAGGCAUGGGGACAUUAUCUAAUGGCGAUUAGCGUUUCAUGAUGAUAGGUCUAUAAAUAAUGGCUGCUGUAGGUAAAUGUUGGUUUGGUGCGCCAUUGGGCCAUCCAUUUCCAUCUUGGUUGUCAUAACAGCCCAUGUCAUGGCAACCAAGAUGGCUGCCUUGUUUAAAAGAAAAGUAGUGCAAACACAUCAGAUAACAUGGGGAGGAGAAAGAGAAUGUGCUAUUUUAGCUCCUUACAGUUUACAGAUGAAAAAGAAAGGAAAAAAUGUUACAAUUUUAUAAAAUCUUUAAUUUUAAACCAGUACACUUAUUUUGAGCGAACGAUGCAACUUUAUUGUAUCCCCUAGAUAUGCGGCUAGAAGUGUCAACAACCUGUGUUGCCUCCUUUCCUGUCACAAUUUCAGGCGGUACAUUAAUUUCGUGGUGAUUGUAGCAACAUUAUUGUAUCCCUCUAGAUAUGUGACUAGAAGUGCAUACUACGUGCGGGCACUCCCUUAUCUCGACUAAAAAAACAUGACUGGUAAGAAACGAGUAAAGGUGAAGUCUACCAAUACAAAAUAUUUUUUAAAUAAAAAUUAAAACCCGACUAAGAUUUACUGUUUCACACACUUUAUUGUGGGUUCCACUUCAACGAAGAUCUAAAAGUUGUAACUAAAAUCAAUACAAUGCCAUUGUGUACCCAUUUUCCAAAAAGCUGUAAAAUUUAAGUAAUAUGAUGAAACAUCCAAUGUCUCCAAUGAAAUUAUAAUUUGAAACAUUCCAUCGGCUGCAUAUUAAUAUUUAAAAAAAGAAAUGUUAACUCGUUAACAAUCCAAGAAUAGACUUAAGGGAGAGAACCUUACACAGAAACUUAAAGUGGCGUGCCGAACCAACAUUAUCUAGGCUGUUCUUAAUGAUAAUAAGGGGAAGAGACUGCAAACAGGUUACCGUAGCAAAAAAGGAAAUGAGUGAAACAAAGUAUGGGAAAAAUUAGGAGAAAAAUAGAAUGCAUCAAAACGCAUUGGCAAGAAGCCUUCUUCUGCGAAAAAUAAUAGUAAAAUCAAUAAAAAUAACACUCACAUGUAUUAUCUGGGGAGGCAGCAAGAGAAUUGUUAAACGUAAACUAUAUAAGUAAGAAAAUAGAUUUUGAGAUAUUUUGUAUCUUAACUUUUUCCUCAAAAUAUUAACUUAUUAAUUUAGCAAAAUAACUCAUUUAAAGAAAUAUUAAUAGAAGUUAUGCUACAUCAUAUAGCCAUAUGGUUAAUAUAAUAUAGGCCUGAUAUUUAUUUCAAAUGUCUGUGUGUUCAGGCGGGCAAAGCUUUUUCGAUAUGAUCACGAAUCGGAACCAAAAGAAUGGAAGGAACGAGGCACAGGAGAUUGUAAAAUUCUUAAACACAAGAAGACAGGGCUUGCACGUAUCCUCAUGAGAAGAGAUAAGACUCUGAAAAUAUGCGCCAAUCACUACAGUAUGUUAAUAUUAAUUAAAGAUUUGUUUUUUAUCACACUUUCAUUGCCAUUAUAAUUCUCACAAUAUUUCCUCUUUUUUUUUAACAAUGCAAUUAUUUUCAAAUGUCAAAACAAAUGAGUUAAAUAAUUGUGUUUAAAGACUUUUAAGUUUUAAAAUGUUUGACUUAAGACUUUAGUGAGAGAUAUUUAUUCGGGAAAUAGUUUCAACUUUUAAAACAAUUUUUUUGAAUGUACCGCUUAAGAUUCCUUAGCCGAUUUUUUUUUUUUUUUUUUAAUUUCUUGGAGAGAUUUCUCAUUCCCACAGUAAUAAAUUCCAGUUUUUAUACAUUUUGGAACCUGAUGUUUUAAAAUUGAACAAAACUGAAUUUACCAUAAAAAGAAUGAUUAAAUAAAAAUCACAUUUAUUUUUUUUGGCUUUGGAAACUAAAUUUUGAAUUGAACACCUGGUUAUAACUUUUUCUAGUUUAAUAAACUUAUGCCAUUUGAAAUUAGAGACUCCUGUUCUUUCUGCUGACUCCCGCUCACCGAGCUAUGACGAUCAUAUUAACUUCUCUGUCUAAAAGACGCAGAAUAGUCAUCUACAAAAAGAUUUCUAAAUUUUAUUGUCUUAAAAUCUUAAAAUAUUCUGAACGUGGGUGUUGUUCGGUUUCUUUUUAAGUUUACCCCACAAUGGAACUAAAACCAAACUGCGGUAGUGACAGAGCGUGGGUUUGGUCUACAACAGCUGAUUUUGCUGAUGAGGAAUGCAAAGAGGAGGUGCUUGCCAUAAGAUUUGCUAAUGCUGAAAGUAAGUUUGUAACUUGUAGUCUUCGUAGAGUUAACAGCUAGUUUGUUGUUUUUUUUGUUCUUUUUUAAUUAAUCUUCUCCGUUAUUUAAUACAUUUUUUGUUAAUAAUUUAAUUUUUCUGUCUUUUGAUGCUUAUUUUUCUCUAUAAACGUUUUUUUUUUUUUUUUUUUUUUUUUUAAAAUUUUAAAAAGGAUUUAGUUUUUUAUUGGGAUACUAAAAAAAAUAAAUUUUAUUUUUUUUUUUUUUUUUUUUUUUUUUUUUUUUUUUUUUUUUUUUUUUUUUUUUAUUUUUUUUUUUUUUUUUUUUUUUUUUUGCAAAAUUGUAAAAAGGAUUUAGUCUUAUACUGGGAUACUAAAAGAAAUAAAUUUUAACAUUGCAACCAUCAGCACAUCAAGAUAUAAAUCAUUUGGAGUGCUUCUGGUGUUUAGGUUUGUUUAAUAAAGUAUUUGAAUUAAUUUUUUCACAAUUAAACAAAUGAUAUGUAAAUAAUACGUGUUUGGGCACUGUAUCUUUACAAUGUUUCAUUUAAAUCUUCUCGAUUGUUACAGAUGCUCAAAAGUUCAAGACUCAGUUUGAUGAAUCUGCAGAAGAAAUGAAAAAAGUUUUAAGAACAAAGACGGUUUUAGAAAGUGAGUAUGUUUUAGUUUGACAAUUUGAGGAGGGUGAUCUUCUACUUUUUUUUCAGACUUAUCAUAAGUCUGCACAUAACUUAUCAUGAAUGGCUUACAUAGUUGCUUGACAGUACAGUUAUUGUAGAGCUUUGAUAACCUUUUCACUUAAAAUUAUUUAGUGAGUUUUAUGCUUAAAUUGUCGCAAUUCUUAACAUAUUUUGUAUACAUUCAUUAUUAAAGCAAAGUAACUUUAAAAACUUGCAUUGAUAAGUGGCAUUUGUACAUUCAGUUUGUUAAUUAGAAAUUUGAAACCAUUUUAAAAAAAUAAAUGUUAUAAAAUAGUAUGCCUUAAAUCAUCUACUGACAACUUUUUUUCUUGUUGUAACAUGAUGACCUCUCCCUAUUUUCCAUUACAUUAUAUCCUUAUCUGUGGCGCAUUGUCAGUGUGUCCAAAUCUUAUUUCAGACGGAGAAGCCUAUGCUGAAAAGAGUGACUCUGAGAAAACUGAGAAAGACACUGAGAAACAAACCAAUGGGGAUGGUGAUGGGGCCAAUGAGCUGGCUGGUCAGUUGAAGGGUCUAAAAGUCCAAGGCACAGAGAUUCCCCCGGUGGAUAAAACUGUGGAGGGAAGCACAGAGUGAUUAUUAUUUAUUUUUGUGUUGCUGAGGACCAUUUUAAAGUCAAAUUUUAGCCUGGGUUUCAGUCAUCUGUGUUGUAUAUUGUAUUGGUUACGCUGUGAGCACACCCAACCACCACCACACAAGUUGUUGCUUCCCAUCUAUUGGGGAGGGGGUGGGGGCAUGUGUUUUUCUAGAAAAAAAGAUUGGGUUUUGUUCAAAGUGGUCUUAUUGGUUAUUGACAUAGAUAAUGAAGAGUACAGUGCUAUGUGUUCAUGAUCCCUCGGAACACAUCUGACUUUGUAAGACAUUUUCUUAGUUGUAGCUAGGGGAAUGAGUACUAUAUAUUUUUUAUCAAAAACUGCAAUUUGUUUGUAGGGUUGCUCUUAUUCUUUUGUAUAUAAGUGCGCUUUUAGAAAGCCGAUCCCUAGUUUUUAAUGAUGAGUUUUAUUUUAAAUUUUAGUUAAGGUACUCAUGCUAUUUCAGUGGUGCAUUUGAUCUAGUUCCGUCCCUUUUUUUUUUAAACAGAUCGUUAUUGAAAUAAAGGUCUAGUUUUAUACAGUACAAUCUUCUUAGUCUUAGCAUUUAUUGACAUCCACCCCAAACCCAAAGUUGUUCUGGCUACCACAUAGCCAUUCAUAGAUUUUUUUUUUUACCUUGCAUUAGUCAAGAUCGAUUAUUUAUUUGUACAGGUUCAUUCACUGUUUUUGUAUCACCAGAAACCCCAGGGAUCCUUGCUUAUCUUAGAUAUUUUAACACAGCAUUUCUGUUGUAAAGAUAGGAUUAAAUCUAUUGGUGCUAAUAUGGAAGUGGCAUUAUGGUACGGUGAUUUCUUAACAGUUGAUUAUUUAGUUAUAUGAGGUCUUAAUCACAAACAUUGCAGUCAGAAUUUUUUAGAUGCUGCAGUGUUGUUUCAGAGGAAUAUAUUUUUCCUCUAUGGUUAAACUGGUGUGGUUUGUUCAAUGCUUUGUGGAAAUAAAAACAACAUAUUUUUACACCUAAUACUAUGUAGGAUCUGUUCUUUUAUUGGUUUGUUUUCAGAAAAAAUAAAUGCUUUUAAUUUGAGAUAUCCUGAAGUAUUAACUAGAUUUGUGUCUUUUGAUGCAUUCUUGAUUUUAUUUGAUGUUCAUCAUGUUUAAAUUUGUUUCUUCCGAUUGAUUUUUUUUUAAAAAUCAAAAUUUUAUAAUUGUUUAGGUUAAAAUUCCUGGGGGCAGCCACAUUAUCCUCGGUAAUGUCCCUUGUGUAGCUAUGUAAGUCCCUGAAGUUGCUGAUCACCUACUAGAUCUGUAAACAUUAUUUUAGUAAUUUUUUGGUGUUGUGUGUGGAAGGAAGUGUGGUGACCAGUAAGACAAAAACUUGAUUUCAUUGGUGAUUAUGUGUUGUGUGUCACCAUCAUUGAUGUUCUAUUUUCAGAUGGCAUGGUGCAAGUGUUUUUAACUUGUUCAAAGACUCUGUGGCUGCCAUGUCACAUGAUCAUUGUCAUUUCUAACUGUAAAGUAAACCUGGCCUUUUAGAAUGAUUGUCCCCCAUUAUUUUACAAGAUCAAGAAUACAAUUGUCAUAUUUUGUAAAUAAAAUGAGCUGCAUUGUGAAAA